GCUCUAUGGGACAGCUGUCGGGCAGUAUAUCUUCUACCUGAGAUCUUUUCCGCAAGACCCAAAAAAACUCAAAUUAUUUAUAAUGAUGACCUUUUGUCUAGUAACAAUAAACCAAUACGCCUUGGUAGGGAUGAACUGGUCUAUCCUUAUUUCGUGCCGUCGUAGCACGUCCCUUACUUGCACGACUGAACUUCCGUGGCAGCUGCUACUGGGGGUAUUUGUAUCGGUUUGGGUUGUAUUCGCAGUUCAUUGGUAUGUGUUUUCCUAUGGCCGGUUUCGUACAUGAUGCCAAACGCGCUUUACCCGUCGGAAGUUUUUAUGCACAGAGAGUAUGGAUAAGUGAGUUAUGCAGAAUCUGCUCGACUGAGGGUAUCAAUGCCUUGUUUCAGUCACGGAACACAAUCGCUUCAUCACAAUCAUCAUUGUAAGGUUACAUUUUCAUUGUUUCUUUUCGGAGAGCCAUAAAACCAACUUUCAGUGCGCGCUCGCCACUAUAUCAUU